UGUUGGAGAAGCUAGUUACCGCCAUGCCACUCUUAAUAAUUUUGCUCCUGACAGCGUUAGCGACGCUAACCGGAAAUGGGAAUGCAACAGCUACCGACAAUAUCCACAAGCAAAAUCUGCUACGCUGCUGCUAUACAGAAUCUUAUCGCUGCAAGGACAACGCUACUUGGACACCACCUCAGGGAUUUUCGCUCAUCGACGGCGUCCCACAGUGUGGCCCACGCUCCCUAUGGCCAGUCUUCCACCAGCCGAAAUCUCUGGACAGGUUGUAUCUUCUGCCGCAGGGCAUCCUACGACAUAUAGCCCUAAAUCACGCCGAGCAACAGGUCGAUCUAGAAGAAAAUGAAUAUGCUGGCGCCCUCUAUGUGGAUUACAAGCCCGGACAAUUCUGUCUAGACAGGGUGAUAAAUGAGGAAAAACGUCUACAAGUAAAUUAUGCUGUAAUAUGUGCACCCGAUGUGAAAGGGUCUCAAAUAAAUGGAACAACUCAUCUGUGGAGACACAUUUUGGACCCUGCCGGUCAUGCCCUUAAUAUUGCUUGUCUCUUAAGUGUUGCUGUCAUCUACUUUGUGAUUCCUGCACUGCGUGAUCUUGUAGGAAAUAUAUUGACAACAAUGGCAAUGUGCAUGUUAGCCUCACAGGCUGCAGAGCUUGUGGCAUCAGUAACCCGAUUUUCAGCACAUGUUUCAUUAGUUGCAGCAGAUAUUGUGGCAUAUGCUGCUCUCAUGGCUGCUGCCUUUUGGCUCAAUACAAUGGGGUAUUACAUCUGGAGAACUUUCAGGUCACGGAAUGUGUUCUUGCGUGUGACAGAUGGGAGAAAAUACUGCUACUAUUCCACUUAUUCUUGGUGUUGCACAGCUGUAAUGACUGCAGUAGCAGUAUUUGCACAUUACAUUCUGGAAUCUGGACAAAGAAAACCGACUGACAGUUCUAUAGGAUGGCUCGGUGUGUCUGUAAUUUUCACAGCAGUUGGAUUCACCAUCCUAGUGAACAUUUACUUCUAUGUAACAACAGGUCAUGCAAUUAGCAGGAUGUCAACAUAUGGAAGAAUACAUCAUAAAAUGAAAUAUAGCUUUGAGAUGUUCGUCCAGCUAUUUCUGGUUCUCUGCAUCAGCUGGCUCUUCAAGGGCCUAUCACGCUUGCCAUAUGAUGCUCUAUUCUAUUGUUAUGUUGUGGUCAAUGCACUCCUAGGACCACUUGUUGUUUAUGUUGUGAUUUGCAACCAACACAGGGUAACAUCUCAGUUAAGAGCUUUAUGUUGCUGUCCUUGUUGUAAAGCAAGUGAAGUGGAUGACUCUCCUGAAUGGGGUGAAGAACUUACCCGUAUGACAGGAGUAGGUGGCAUGACUGUAACCCAGUGCUGACACUUCCUAACUCUAAGUUCUUUUUUUUUUCUUUCCUUCUCCUGAAAAUGCUCUUAUUGGGACCAAUAAUGUACACAGUACUAAGUUGCAGAAAUGUAACUCGAAUGUAAUCUAGUCAUUUGUAAUUAAGAACUAAUUUUAUAUUUACUACACCUUCACUUUUUUUUCCUUAUUAUAAUUAUCUGAAAUUGAAUGAAAUUAUUUUCCUACCAUUCAGAAAGACUCGCAUGUUAUUGAUAUGUACACCUUACAGAAGUUUCUUUAGUAGCGACUGUUUUGCUAACGUAACAUUCCAUAAAUGUUUAUUGUAAUCCGAACCAAAACAGAUAGCUGCUACGAGAUACAACCAUUAUACAAGGGUAAAAUUGUUUUAAGCCUAAUUGAUGUCACUUUCAGAUCACUGUGAAAGGAAUUUUUCUUUGUUAUGUUCAUAAAAAUAAGUAUCUGCUACCUUCGUUAAGGAAUCAAAAUCUAACAAAGAAAUUAGAUGAAGGCAUCCAACUGUGAUACCUACACGACAAUUAAAUUCAGAAAAGUAAAGAAAACCAUACGUUGUUGAGAGAGUAAGACUUAACAUUAAAAAAAAUUACAAGUCUUCCACGGAGAUGCUUUUAUAAGACUUCGUUCUAGUAGGCAUCACUACCUAUUAGAGGGCAGAGUUUUCCUCCAUUAAAAGUUUCCCCAUCAGUUUCAUAAUGUUCCUCACUACACUUUUCUUCCUUAAGCUUUAUAAUGGCACUCAACUUAUGUCAAAAGUAUAUUUUUAUAAUGAAAUCUAAUAUGUCUUCCCACAAUCAUGAGCAGUAAUACUUAAUGUCACACCUACUCUCAAUGACAAGAGUCAAUGCCAGCAACUAUUCUCGGCUCUGGCACAAUGUACUUUAUAUAAAUAAAAAUGGGUGAAAAAGAUAA